AUCGAAAAAGAAUAAAAACGAAGUGAAUGAAUCAGAACUCCUAACUGUUCCCGAUGGAUGGAAAGAGCCAGUGUUCACCAAAGAUGACAACCCCCGUGGGCUUCUGGAGGAGAGCAGCUUUGCCACCCUGUUCCCUAAAUACAGAGAAGCCUACCUCAAAGAGUGCUGGCCACUUGUACAGAAGGCUUUAGGAGAAGCACACAUAAAAGCCUCUCUUGACCUGAUAGAAGGCAGCAUGACAGUUUGCACUACUAAGAAAACAUUUGACCCGUAUGCUGUCGUAAGAGCCAGAGAUCUCAUCAAGCUACUGGCCAGGAGUGUCCCAUAUGAACAGGCUGUGAGGAUAUUACAGGAUGACAUGGCGUGUGACAUUAUCAAAAUCGGGACCUUGGUUCGAAACAGAGAGCGGUUUGUGAAGCGAAGACAGCGGCUGAUUGGCCCUAAGGGCUCCACCCUAAAAGCAUUAGAGUUAUUAACUGACUGCUAUGUGAUGGUGCAAGGCAACACUGUGUCAGCCCUGGGGCCCUACAACGGCCUGAAGGAGGUACGCAAAGUGGUGAUGGACACGAUGAAAAACAUCCACCCCAUCUACAACAUCAAGGCACUGAUGAUCAAACGGGAGCUAUCCAAAGACCCUGACCUGCGGAAUCAGACCUGGGAACGCUUCCUGCCCAAAUUCCGCCACAAGAACCUGACCAAGCGUAAAGAGCCCAAGAAGAAGAGUGUGAAGAAGGAGUACACACCGUUCCCUCCAUCACAGCCAGAGAGCAAGGUUGACAAGGAGCUGGCCACAGGAGAAUUCUUCCUGCUUCAAAGUGUGAAAAAGAGGAAGAAGAUGGAGGAGAUGAAGGUUAAACAAGCAGAAGCACUGACCAAGAAGCAAGAAGAGCGGAACAAAGCUUUUAUUCCUCCUAAAGAGAAGCCUUUAAUGAAGCAGAUCACUAAAGCUCCCACUGAAGGCAAGCUGGACAUCAAAGCCAUCAAGGACAAAGUGAAAAAAGCCAAAACCAAGAAACUGGGGGCUCCACCGGUGAACACAGCUCCUCCCACCAGCACUACCACAAAGAUUAAGAAAAAGAACAAAUGCUAACUACAGACUAGCCCCACUGCUGUUGUAAUGUGUGUGGAGCAUGGGUUGAGCUGCAUAUUUCUGUCCAAACCCAAUCUGUGCCUGAGAGUGUGCAUCUGGGCCUGAGGCAGUUCAGUUUGUACAGUGAUGUUCCCCUCCUCAUUAAACAAAGCAAACAUUUGAGUGCUGCAGCCGUCUGGAAUAAGGUUUGACCUGCGUGUCUGAACCCAACCUGAACAUAAUUUUCCAAAUUUCUGACCGAACCUGGCCCAAGACUGAGAGAUCCCUUCGGGCUCUAAAUGUGUACCAUGUGGUAGGGUAUUUGUUGGACAGUGUAAGGACUUUAAGCACGUAGGAAGAUGGGGCGUCAGACAUGAUGUAUUGUGCAUGGAUCAAAACAAAUUCCAGUACAAGCUGUCAUGUUUUUAUUGAACUAUUUUUGUUGUUGUGAGGAAUUUUCCUGUUUAUAUUUUUCUGUAUAUUAUAUCUGCAGCCCAAGUAUGUUGAAUAGUAAUAGAUUUUCCUCGUGCCUGCUUC